ACUCGUUCUCGACGACCCCUUAAGUUUCUGAUGAAAUCUCUCACCGACACACGGAAGCGACACGGCGGUUAAAAAGAAGGAUAUCACCAUUUUAUUCGGGAAGACCUGAACAGUGUUACCACGGGAAGGAGAUAAAAAAACAACAACAACCCGAAGCCAACAAAUCGUGGUCUUUUUUUUAAUCGAAUUUAACGUUUACUCCUGUUCAAACUAACCGCUUAGCUAGUUAGCUUUUCCAGAGCUAACCGCUAAGCUAGUUAGCUUUUUCCGCUAAGCUAACCCGCUAACCGCCGUUUAAAAGCCCCGUCGCUCUCUUCUAAAAGCAGAUUUUAAAACGAACAAUAAAAAUGGCUCUUCUAUCGUCGGACGUGUUUUUUUCCGUCGCCGUCUUUACGAAGUCCUCCACCAGGAAGAAGUCCAACCACCACUCUCAGAGAGGCGUUAACGCCGCGGAGCCUGGCGCCGUCACGGACGUCAUUCCCCGGGUUCCCUUCCGCUGCCAGUCGGAGUAAAGAACAAUGUUUCACUAAAAAAAAAAAAAACUUUACUUGUAUUAUAAAUGGAUAAUAACUUGCUGUUUUUGCACUUUUUGAGUUGAAGGGGGAACAAAAUAUGUUAAGAAAUAUGAACGGCGAGGGUUUGUCUUCCCAGGCCGGGCGUGGGGUCGCCUCCCCCGGGCUCGAGGGUCAGGAAAGCUCGUGGAUUGGCAUGGUGUCCAGGCCAGCGAUGGCAUUUCUGCAACGAUAUCUCCCGGGGCGGCCGCGAACCCCGAUCCGGUCUGUUGCAGGAGCCGGGUGGAUCAUCGGUGGGGGUUUAGAAAACAGCUUCGUCGACGACGAAAGGGAGUUUUUAAGGCAUCUGGACGACAUGAUGCCGCUCGCGCAGCACCCAGCUUCUCACCUGCGGUGUCAGCACGACGGAGCUGCCGGCCUCCUGGAGCCGAGGGGCGGCGGCACCUUACCGUGGCUGACCGCCGAUUCUCUGCUGGAAAUGGGGAUUCAAAACUCAGAAGAACUGGACAUAAAUUUCUGCCAGCAAACCCAGAUCGGAUAUCUGUCUUCUAUCAGGACUUUUUUCAGCCAUGUUCUGUUGAGCUCUGUGUCAUUUCAGGAAAUGAAGCCCACGGACCGGGAGCCGGUGGGGCCCCCGGUGCAGAGCGGCGGGGGCAGAAGCUGGACGUGGUGGGGCAGCUUCUGGCUGGGCGAGGAGAGCUCACAGAAAGGGCCGCUGUCGGAUGUGUCCUGGGCGGAGCAGGGCCCCGUCACGGGCUGUCGUUAUCCUCAACAACCGCUGGCGGAAACAAAAGCGCCCGAAACAAGCGAUCUGUUUGUCCAGAGAUGGACGCUGGGAGAAAACGCUGGACCAGCUGACCUCAAAGAGUCCAACAAUGGAGGCCUUAAAACAGUCCAGAACGCAGAGGGGUCCACCACAAUGGACCACCGGCUCGGCCUCGGUGAAUACCUGAGCAGUUCAGGAGCUGCCGCCGCCUGCAGUGAGGCGGCACUUCUGACCCCGGAUCAGGACAAUGGUUACUCCAGUCUGGAGGAGGAACACUUCCAGGUGUGCCGCCUGAGCGUGGCGAAGGCCCCGAGUGAGGAGCAGGAAGCCGGUUCGGCAGAAAUCGGUCCCGCCGUCGAGACAGAAAUGGAGGAGGGAGAGUCUACAUCAGGAAAGGUAGACGAGGAAGAGGAGGAGGAGGAGGAAGAAGAAGAAGAACGGGAAGCAGCUCCACUGGAGGUUGCGGCGCUCACAAACCCCCAGUGCCAAAAUAAAGCCAUCGCCUUCAUCAUGGGAUGCCCCUGCAGCGACGACGACCGCAGCAGCCAAUCAGACGGGGAGUCCAGCGAUGAGGACAACGAUGCCGGCUUCGACAGCGAGUGCUCGUCUGACCAGUCCGACUCGACGGACGACGACGAAGACGACGAAGAGGACGACGAAGCCUCGGACAGCGAGGUGGACUCCGAGGCGGAGCGCCUGUGGAGCUCUCUGUGCCAAAGCGUGGACCCGUACAACCCCCGUAACUUCACCGCCCGGCUGCACACCUCCACCUCCCCGCCCAGGGCCAUCCCCACCUCCACGCCUCUGUCCUCCACCCAGUCCACCCCGGCCUCCUCCCCCGACCUCACCCCGCUCCCUCUUGCAGCCUCCUUUCCGCUCGCCUCCUCCUCCCCUACGUCCGGCAGCGACUUCUGGGAUGACUCCACCUCGGCCAGCGAGGUGGACGAAGCGGAGAGCCUCCGCCUGUUGAGCUCUUUCAGCUGCUCCUCUGACCCUUACAGCCCCUUUAACUUCCAGGCAACGCUCAGGACUCAAGAGCCCGUCGAGGCGGCAGGGCCCAGGACCAGGACCAGGGCAAAGAAGGCCUCCCAGACCCCCUCCCAGACCCCCUCCCAGACUCCCUCUUGCCUCCUCCGCCCCAAACCAGCGUCUCCGCCAGAGUACAGGAAGGAGGAGGCUGAGGAGAGGCUGGACAGUGGCUUCUCUGAACCCUCCACCUCCUCCGGCUGCUCCACCACACAGAGACGCAGCACGACCAAGAAGGUUCGUUUCUGUGACGACGUGGAGGAGUUCUUUGCCAGCUGUGACGAGAAGGAAGACCGGCGGGGCCCCUGGGAGGAGCUGGCCCGGGACCGCUGCCGAUUCCUGCGGCGCUGCCAGGAGGUGGAGCAGAGCAUCGCCUACUGCCUGAAGCCGCAGCACCGAAACCUGGCGUACCGGCGCCUCGCCGCCGUCCUCUACGUCCAGGACGCCUGAGGACCAUCUGUCCUAGACUCCUGAGGACCAUCAGGACGCCUGAGGACCAUCUGUCCUAGACUCCUGAGGACCAUCAGGACGCCUGAGGACCAUCUGUCCCCUACGUCCUGGACGCCCGGGGGUCGAUCUGUCGCCUGAAGGUGACCUUGCAGGUCAUAUUGAGGAAAUGAAGAGCUGCUCUUGUUAAGCAGCGAGACUCUAGACGACACGUGGACCGACUGAGAGCUGCUCGACUCGUUGCUGACUUGACUUCUUUCUCCCCGUUUUGUCUCUGCAGCUUCGUCUCUGGACUGAAACGCGAUUCAAAGCCGCUUCGUGAUCGACUGCUUCAGUAAAAUACUGACCGGUGAUCUGAAGGGCUUCGUCUCCCCCCCCCCCCCCCCCCCCACCUUUUUUAAAAUGUUUAUUUCUGGAGACGGGAGAGACGUCUAAAAAUAUCCGCAGCUGUUCUGAGUUUGUUUGUGUAAUGGCUUCGUUUUCAGUUUCAGCGCUGAUUUAAAUCACAGAAACACUUUUUAAUCCGAGACACUCGAGGAAAAGUUUCAGCCGGUGAUUUAAAAAAAAAAAAAAAAACAGAUUAAAAGAUUUUCUUACGCAUGUCAAAAAUAAUUUAACCUCCAAAAAAACAUUUUAAAAGCCAGAUGAUUCGAUUAAUAGUGAAACAUCGAGAGAGUCUGUUUACAUUAAUCGUGUUAUUGAUCACAGAACAACCGGAUGAAACCAGUUCCUUGAGGAUCGAUCAGCUGUUUUUCCUUUACGAGCUUCUAGUUUUUUCUUUUAAAGCAAAGAUUUAAAGCGUGUGUGUGUGUGUGUGUGCGCGUGUGUGUGUGUGUGUGUGUGUCGUGAGGAGCAGCCCAAGUGUUGGAAUACGAUCGAUUUUUUUGUUGUUGCAUAAAUUGAUCUCGAUAAUCAAGGAUGCCACUGAUCACCCCUAAUCAAUGCAUAGUGUUCCGCCUCUAAUCAGUAUAUGAAUCGAUGUGUUAAUUAAUAAAACGUCUUUAAACCGGCAAAAUUACCAUUUUAAGUUCAGACCACGAAUUUUCGCAGCAGUAUUGCUUUUGAUAUUAUAAUUCAGACGUUUGUCUUGUUUACUGGUGUUGGAAACGGCGAAUGUGGUUUAAAUACGACGGGGUCAGAACACUCGCUCGUUUAACAACAUUUAAAUAUAAUAUAUAUAUUUAUAUUUGCAUCGUAUUCUUUUAGAGAUGUGUUCUGUAAUGCGUUUGUUUGCCUGUAGAGCGGCGUCAUUUUGACAAACUGAAUAUCAAUAUUGGGGUUUUCUCGCAUAUUAACAUAUCAUUGCGUAUUGUGAUCUGUGUAUGGCCGACAAGGGGAGUCUCAAUGGGAGUCCCAAUGGGAGGCCAAUGGGAGUCCCAAUGGGAGUCCCAAUGGGAGGCCAAGGGGAGUCCCAAUGGGAGGCCAAGGGGAGUCCCAAUGGGAGGCCAAGGGGAGUCCCAAUGGGAGGCCAAGGGGAGUCCCAAUGGGAGGCCAAUGGGGAGUCCAAUGGGAGUCCAAUGGGAGUCCAUGGGGAGUCCCAAUGGGAGUCCAAUGGGAGUCCAAGGGGAGUGCCAAUGGGGAGUCCCAAUGGGAGUCCAAUGGGGAGUCCCAAUGGGAGUCCAAUGGGAGGUGCAGGUGGAAACCACAGAAUUAAUCUUUGGUGUUAUUUUAGUCAGAAAAAAAGAGAAACGCUUUUUAUUUUUCUAAUUCUUUUGUUUGGUGGGUAACUCGUUCUGCUUCAUCGUUUCCUCACAACCGAAUGCGACCUAUUGAAUAUUAAAUCAAUAUUUAAUGAUCACA